AUGGAGGCAGUGGGUGGGAUAGCAAGCAUUGCCAGUCUGGUUGAAGUAGCAGCCAAAGUUGGAGAAAUAGCACUCCAGUACACCCGAGGUGUGCUCGGUGCGCGCAAGGAGGUCAAUCGUAUCUGCAGCCAACUCGAUGCUCUCUUGGAGGUUGCGAAAGAACUGCGAGAUCUUCCGAAAGGCGACACCGGUUCACAUCUACAAGCCUCCCGCUCCCAUGAACUCGGAUCAUACACAGAGGGCUGUAUCGCUGAGCUCAAAGAGCUGAAGCAGAAACUAGAACACAAUCAGAGUCGCAUGCACCGUGUCGGCUUUCGUAGUUUGAAGUGGCCAUUCGAGAAGGAGGAAACUAAAGAUAUCAUUGAGAGGCUCAAUGCCUGGCAAGGAACCUUUGCGGCCGCGCUUCAGAAAGACCAAAUGCUUCUUAACAUGCAAAUACAGCAACAUCUAUAUCUGAAGGACCUCGUCGAAGCCAAUGGAGCCACGUUCGAUGCAAUGGAGACUCGUGGGAUGCCCCUCUGCAAUCCUAAGACCAGGGUUGACAUCCUUCGUGAUAUUACUUCUUGGGCCAAAGACCAAAAAGCAGACACUCCGUCCAUCUUCUGGCUCUGUGGUUUGGCUGGGACAGGCAAGUCCACCAUCUCAAGGUCCGUCUGUAGUGCUCUCAGAAGCGAUGGCAUCCUUGGGGCCAAUUUCUUCUUCAAGCGCGGCGAGGGUGACCGGAGUAAUGCCUCAAAGCUUUUUACUACAAUCGCGGCGCAGCUAGUCCGCAAGCACCCUGAGCUCUCGCCUCAUGUUUGCGAAGCCCUGAAGGAUAAGCAGAGCUUGCAGGAGUUUAAAGAUGCGUUCCAGAAUCUCAUUUGCAAGCCUCUUACUCACGUGGAGAAAACGCCGCAAGCGAGCAUCCCGUCCCUAGUCAUCGUCCUCGACGCGCUUGACGAGUGCGACGACUCCGACAUUGGCAACAUCGUCCAGCUUCUGUUCGAAGCAGCGCGUAAUCUCACCUCCGUCCAUCUUCGGAUUUUUCUCACCAGCCGCCCUGAGCUUGAGAGCACCGACUUCCCUCCGGCGGGAUCUCGCCAGCUCGAACUACACCAUGUAUCUGAUUCUGUUAUCAAAGAAGAUAUCACCGUGUAUCUUCAAGACGAAUUUUCAAGAAUACGCCUCGAAAAGAACAAGAAACGCAGAACACCGAUACCCAACUCGUGGCCAGAAGAGGCACAGUUGAAGUCUUUGGCUAAUAUGGCAUCGCCCCUGUUCAUCUAUGCUGCCACUCUCAUUAGAUACCUCUCGAGCGAAGGAUUCGCCCCUGAAGACCGACUGAGGGAGCUUAUACAGAACACAAAGGCAAAGUUUUCCGGAACCGAACGGACUUACAGACCUAUUCUCGAACAGAUAUUUGGAGAUAUAAAACCCCCAGAUCGAACUCGCUUCCUUGAAGACUUUAAAGCCAUCGUCGGUUCGAUUAUCCUUCUUUUCGAACCUCUCUCUCUUGAGCCUCUUGCGCGGCUACUUCACAAGCAUACAAGAACCGUUGAGUCCCACAUAGCGAAGUUUCAGUCCGUCAUUAUCAUCCCCCAGCAAGAGUCUCCGAUUCGAUUGUUUCACCAAUCUUUCCGAGAAUUUCUCAUUGGAAACAACAACGUAGAAUCUCAUCCUUUCGGGAUCAACAAGGUCUCGACGCAUAUGGAUCUCACUAAAAGGUGCUUGGAACUUCUGUCGAAGCCCGAAAGUCUGGAGGCGAAUUUAUUCAACCUACAAAAUCCCGGGACCAAGGUCGCUGACGUCGACCGCGAGAAGAUCAUGGCGCGUCUAAAUCUAGACGUCCAGUAUGCAUGCAGUUACUGGGUGCAUCACCUUGCAGAGAGUCGCCUCGACACAACGUGGCUAGAUCCAGGAAUGGCGAGUCUCACCUACGAGUUCCUCAAAAACCACUUUCUCCACUGGGUGGAAGCCUUGGGCUGGAUGGGGAGAGUAAUUGAUGCUCUCCCCCAGGUAUCGCUAUUGCAGACCAUGAUUCAGGUAAGCGCUAGUUUCCAAUGUUCCACGUCAGGCGGGAGAAGCCUGUCGCCAUUAUUCAACGAAUACCUGGCGAACGAGCCCGAUUUGGCGGCUCACAGGGGUCAAGAAGAAAUGCUAACCAUUCACUUUGUAUUUCAGAACGAUUCACACCGGGAUUUUGUUGGAUUUCUUUCUGAUGCCCGUCGUUUCCUUGCGAAGUUCUCAGGCAUCGUUCACCUUGCGCCUCUCCAGCUUUACUCAUCAGCGUUGAUAUUCACGCCAAGCCAAAGCCAGAUCAGGCAAACUUUCAGCGGCGAGAUACCGAAAUGGAUAAUCCACCCUCCCCAUGUUGACACGUUCCAUGGCACACCCCAAGGCCUGAGACAGACGCUGGACGGUCACUCGAGGUGGGUUACGUCAAUAGCGUGGGCACCAGAUGGCAAAUAUCUGGCAUCUGCAUCGGCGGACGGGACGAUUCGACUUUGGGAUGGGGAUUCGGGUGUCUGUGUGUGCAUUUUGAGCAAGGGCAACCUAGGCGUUGAUAAGGUCGCCUUCUCGAGAAAUGGCAACUAUCUCGCAGCUGUGGGCGGAUGGGAAACUGACAGUCCGUUUGUGUCGUUAUGGGACAUGAAUUCGAGAAAGUUGGUUCGACAUGUGGAAGAACCCGCCGAAAGCGUUUGGGAACCAUUGGCAGUCUCAGACGAAGGAGUCGUUGCGUUCGGGUGCUGGAUCGAGGACAGCAACCAUCUAUGUUUCUGGUACCCGUCAGGAGAGCUGAAAUUAUUUCAUGCUACGCCCUUUGAGAUUGUAAACCAAGCGGAAUUUUCACCCGAGGGGAAAAGUCUUCUGAUGACCGGAUGCGACGCAGAAGAGCAUGACACAAGAUGUCGAAUCACUCGUAUCACCCGUCUCGUGGACAUAGAGUCAGGGGAAUUGCGCGAAUUCCCCGGUGUUGUCGCCGCGACCUACGUUUCCGAACAGCAACUUUCCAUGGUGGUGGUGGGUCAGGACACCCCUCCCGUCGAUGACAAAAGUGAACUGGUCGUGCAUACGAUCAGACUGCCUGAUAUCCCGUCAGAGCUUUGGAGAACUCAGCUCUCGCCUGACGGCCUUGUGGUGGCUGUUCAUGCCGAAGACAAAAUCGACGUCUAUGCCAUCGGCACCGGAGAAAAAACCGCGUCGUUCAAUUAUAAUUACCAUUGGUUCUACUUCUCGUCAGACUCCACAACGUUGGCAUGUAAUCAUCACACUGACUAUGCCAUACGGAUAUUGGACACUACCCAGAGCACAAAAGACGUGCCAGGCAGCUUAUCCAGCCAGCACAGGGUGCGUGUUACAACAAUUUCACUGUCCCACGACGACCUGCAUUCGACUUUGGCAUCGGGAGACACGGACGGUAAAGUAAUUGUGUGGAAAUCGUGGAGAGAGCCCUCUAAAAUGUCGAGUGUCCGACUUUCAGGUCAUGAAACGUCAAUCAUGGCUCUCGAAUUUACAAGAUGUGAUCGUUAUCUGGCCUCGCUCGACUGGCGCGCUGUCGUCCGAAUCUGGGACGUCGAAACCGGCCAAACUCGCAGAAUUGGGGGAUCCGACUUUCUAAAGGUUUAUAACAUCCUAAAGUUCUCGCUGGGGUUUUCUCUAGACGGAAAGUUUUUGCAAGUUGGGGUGAAGGUAGUCUGCUUGGACGAUCGCGACGUCGCUCUGGAGCAGAGUCAAAUGAGCACUACUGUCGAGUUUGAGGACUCGACUCAAUACCUUUCCGCUCUGCAGGUCGACAAUGAUGGCUGGAUUAAGCGACGGGACAAAGAUGAUUGCAGCCUUCUAUGGCUUCCGCCAGAUCUCAGACCACUCGGUCCACACGUUUGUGUCUCGGAUCGUAGUGUCUUGGUGCUGGGAGGUCAGGAUGGGAGCGUGACGUGGAUGGAACUUAACCUGUCUGACUAG